AAUUAUUUUAUUUAAUACUGUAUUUUCCAAUUUUUUAAAUGGAAAGAAUGCGUGAUUCAUGUUAAUCUGAGAUGAUAAUCGUUUGAAUGCGUCGAGAAUGUAUAUUUACGUGUUUCGUAAUAUUAAGAAACUUGAAUUAAAUAACCGCUACUGCUUAGUCGCAUGAAUUCACUCGGCACAAGGGGGUAGGGAAUGUAACACCUGCGUGUUUACCCGCUGAAAUAGCCCCGACCUGCCGCGGUUGAACCGAUGUCGAUCGUGACAGUUGCUCGCUGCGUCGGCAUGACGAAGGAUCGUUCUCUGGCACGAGGACACGGAUAUCGAAAUUAAUCUUCAAAUAUCUCGCAUUACCAAACCGCAAGUGCUUGUUACAUUGUCAUCAUCGUCGUCAUAUGCCGCCAUUAAUUCAAUAAGAUGAUUCGAGCAACUUGGUGACAUUUAAUAUACGUAUUUAAGAACUAUGGAAAGUGGAGAAAAGAAUAGAAACGCGUUUAUUUGUGCGACUGCAUCAUUCGGAUUCAUUCAUUUUUUUAAUGGAUGCUUGCUAAAUUAUUCGAAUACAUAAGACUGUAAUGAUCUUGUGUUUCGAAUCACGACGCGUUUGGUCCACGCGCAAUUUGAACUUGCGUCAUUGAAUCGAUCGAUAUCACCUCUCGAUGCGCUCAAUCGACUUUGGACUUUUUGACUUUUGAAUGGCGCGUAGCAUGGCACCGCUUUACGAUGGCAAUAACUAUUAUAAGAGGAUGUUUGAACUUCAGGAGAAAUUGCGAAAGAGCGAAGAGGAAAGAAUACGAUUGGAAGAAAGAUUCAACGUGCUUGUGCGAGAAUCUCAUAAUAGACACAAUUCUUGCAUAAAUCAAUUGCGCAUGAGAUAUAUACAAUAUUUAGAAGAACAACGUAUGAGAGAUGAGAGAAAUCAUAAGCUUCUCGCAGUAUUAGACAAGGUCAUGAACAAGCUUGCAUUAAUAAGCGCGAAAAAAGACAGACUCAAUGUUCUCAGAAAACAAUAUGAAGCUCAUCUGCUUCGCGUUUACGCCAAUCGACAACAACCUGGUAGCGUUACUGGAGACAGCGGAAUCGUCAGUCAAAAUGAGGAUAAAUACACGAGGAAAAUCGUCACGGUAACGCAGCCUGAUGUAGCGGAAACGAGAGACGUUUUGUCACCGCGAGCACAUCUGUCCGCUCGAUCAAAUCAACCAAAGUCUACCUCCACGUCCAAAUUGCACGAUCAAAUCGCUGUAAACGGCGCUUCAUUAAAUCAUUCUCCGAUCUUGCCAACUACGUCAUUAGCUGCACCUCUCGGUGUCGAUCAUCAGACGUACGUUCUACGGGAACCGCAUGUCUCACCGAUCGGUCAAUCGAGCGAACAGUUCGCUCAAGUGUCAGCAAUUUCCUCGCCAAAUGCCCGUCAAUAUCCGCGAACGAUUUUCGGUCAUGACGGGACUCUUCAAGAUGUUCAGGAUGGUAAAUUUCGUAUAUCGCACACGAAAACACCGGUUUUGCAGACGACGUUCUCGGACCAGAUUCAACCCGAUGCUGUUCCCGUUAAUCGAUUCUUCAAAGAGCACGUAGAAUCGGUGCAAGCAUCUUCUGGUCUCUCGCCGCGAGCGCAAUUUCCCGCUGGGGAUGCAGUGCGAUACGAAGAGCCUGUUCCACGACGAUUCGAUCCUUUGACCGUGUUACAAUAUCACGAUCCUAAUAUAUUACUAUCUCGUCCGCAAUCGCGAAUAAGGGAAUACAAUCCGUCCGAUUUUGCGGAACCUUCUUUGAUGACAGCGAAAUCGAGUACAUAUCGAGUGGAUCCCAAUAUAAGUGUCGUUAAUCAAGUCGGUCCGUUACCAGGAUAUAUGGAUUAUACUCCUCACAAGUCCGAGGACGAAGGAUCUAUACGUUCCCUCACCAGCGACGACGUAGACGAUCUGAUAAGGCGCAACGAGCAUCUAUUCUUGAAAAGCGCGGACGGUGCCAAGAUUCAACGAUCGCCGAUCGAUGUUUCAGGAUUGUAUAACCUGGACGAGAACGGCAGGACAAGGACGACAGCGAUACUGGAGAACGAAUUGGACCGAUACAUUAAUAAAAUUCGGAAAAUCCAUCGGGAGCAUGGAGUGACGAGCUUGGAGGAGCUGGAUCAUGAGCAGAAUACUAGUGGUGAUGUGCUGAACGUCAGUUUGUCGGAGGAUGCUGUGGAGCUUCCGGUCGAGAAUCGGGUGAGAAUGGAGCGAAUGUCCGAGGAGAUGGACAGGAUCCUGGCGUUGGCCAGCGAUCUCGCGUCCAGGACGCCUGGACUGAAGGAGGUGACGCGAGAUACAGCCGGGCAAAGCGACAACUUACCCGCAGAAGUUGCUGGGAACGAAAUUAAACAUCGUGAAGCGACGACGGACGAUACAUUGCAGCUCGAAGGAAAAUGCGAGGCCGAAGGUCGCGGGAUCUCGGCGAGAAACGAAAUUAGAGAGGACGUUGCGACACACUCAACGGAAUUAGAACAAACGCGUAGAAACGCGGAGAUUGCGAAAGAGAGCUGGAAUAAUGCGGACGAUUCAGCCGAAUCUCGAGAGCGAAAACUGUCUGUUGUGAAGAAAGAUGACACGCAUGAAACAACUACAUCCUUGGCUAAUGAAUCACAGAUCAAUGAUGAGAAAAAUGCAUCGAAGAAAAAACAAUUCGAUCUUGUUACCGGUAAAGAAUCGAAUAUCGAAGGCCUGUUCGACGUCGCCGAGGAAUUGGCCCCGUGGAAUCUCGCGAGCGUGCAAAAGGAAGUUCUAGAAUUACAUUUGGACGAUUCUGACGGAGAUCGAGCGGUGAAGAAGGAUGCUGAAGAGACGGAGAACAGAACUGUCGAUGAAAUUGCGAACGAAUCACCGUUCACCGAGCAAAGCGGCGCAGAUGAUAAAGUGGAGAACGUGCAUCUUCCUCAAGACACGCUUCCUCAAGCGGAGAUGGAGUCGAAGAAGAUGGAUGUAAACGAGUCCCAUGAAACACAUCCUCCUAUCAAGGAUGCUGAAAACAUGAGCUAUCAAAUGUCGAAUCAACAUGAAGCCGGCGAACCCGCGAUCGCAUUCCAGGCAAAUGAAGAACUUGGCGAAUCAAGGGAAAAUAAUGAAAAUCAGGAUCACGACAAGACGACUUCGAACCAGGAACCUCAGAGCGAUGAUCGAUCUCAGAAUAUGAUGAAAGAUAAUGAAUACAGUCCUGAGCAAGUAUAUGUCGAGGAUCCAAGUCAAGAGCGACAAUACGAACAAGAUCCAAAUCAACAAUAUUAUGAGCAAAGUAUGGCAUAUGAAGGAGGUAACAUUAGUAACGAAGAAUAUGCGAGCUAUGCCACGCAAGGAUUCGCUCAAGAAGGACAAGAAUAUGUCGAAUACGUGGAUAAUCAAUACGAGCAAUAUCCUGAAGAUCCUAAUAAUCCGCAAUAUCAGCACGAUCCUAACGCGCAGUACGAGCAGGAUCCGAAUCAAGCGUACGAUUACAAUUACGAUCCUAAUCAAGGAUACGGAGAUGAUCCCAACCAGCAAUACGAUCCCAAUCAAGGGUACGGAGACAGUUCUGGUAAUCAGGCGUACGAGUACACCGAACAAGUUCCGUACGGUCCUAAUCAGGUGUAUGAUAAUAUGUACGAGCAAGAGUACAAGGAAGAGCAGAACAAUCCUGACGAUAACGUCGUCGAAAAUCGCGGAGAACCGGAAACGGAAGAAACCUCGCAGAGACAGGGGGAUCCGGAGUCGGAACACAAAUCGGGCAGAGAUGAAGAUGAAUCGCAGCAAGCGGAAGCUGUCAACGGGACGAAGAAGAAGAAGGACGUGAUUAAAUCCUUGCUGGAUUCUGACACAGAUACGACAAUCGAGAGAAACGUCUCGAAUACGGAAAGUGAUUUUGAUUUUAAUUAAAUAUACAGUACGCGCAACAGAAAUAUAUAAAAUUUGUAUAAAGAGAUAAAGGUAAAGGUGCAGUAAUCGCAAGAUCCUGUUAAUAAAAUUAAAUGCGUCAAAGAAGAAAGUGACUGAAUCUAUGUCGAGGAUCAAGAUCAAUUUCACCAGAAGUGUCCGAAACAGUGAUUUUAAUUAAAAUGUGUGUGCAAUAUCUCUCGAAGAGACUAAGUUAAGUAUAGAUGAAGAAAAGUACAGUAAUUCUUUCAAUGUGGCAACUCUAGUUCAAAAAGAUAUGCUUUCAAUUUUUGCUGAAUUUCAAUAUUUAUUUCGCUUGUAAUAAUGAACAGCGAAUUCAAUUUUAAUUAGAGCUUUAAUUAAAGUUUAUGAAUUGUAGUAAACGAAAAUAAUUAAUCUCAUCGGAAUUCUGCUUGAAAUAUUAUCAUAAAUCUAUAUUUAUAUAUGUAGGUGCAGAAUAAAAUGACAAAACAAGAUGCAAAUAAAAUUAUUAUAUAUUAUUUUAUAGAUGCUUUAUUAUGCAUAUACAAUAUUUUCGAUUAAUGUACAGCUAAAUUUGAAUAUAAUUAAUUAUCUGCACAUAUGAGAGAACUAUGCGCCUAUAGAAUUGUGAAAAGAUUCGUUCUUAUUAAAAAUAACAUGGAUUUAAUUGUAAGAAUCUAUAGAUUUACAUUGUAAGAAUCGAUUAUUAUUUAAAAAUACUUAUUAAGU